AUGAGGGGGCGCAAGGGUUCGCUCUGGGGCAAGAAGAAGAAGAAGCAGGCGUCCGGGAAGGCGGGGCGCGUCCCCGGCGGCUCGCCUCCGCGCGCUGCUGCCCGCGGCGCGGCGAAGGCUUUGGAUGCCAUCGACUAUUCUCAGUUUUACGACAAAGUGAACUCGAGGGGAAGCGUGGAUGACUUGGUGUUGCUCGAGAACGUUAGCAAUGAGGGCAUCGUCGAGGUUCUCCGCACGAGGUGCGAGAAGGGAGACAUGUACACCUCGAUCGGACCGGUGCUGAUCGCCGUGAAUCCCUACAAGCAGCUCAGCAUGGGGGGCAAGGGCAUCUACACGUCGGGCGUCAGGGACUACUACCACCGAAAGGGGGGUGGCGACUUCAUGGCCCCGCACAUCUACCGCGUGGCGGCGGAAGCAUACAAGAGCUUGCAAGCCGACUCCAGGGACCAGUGCGUCAUCGUUACGGGGGAGUCCGGUGCGGGUAAGACGGAAGCGGCCAAGCAGCUGAUGCACUUCGUCACCACCGUGGGGACCUCGAGCGAGACGCAGAAAGCCACGAUGGAGGGCGUCCAGAGGCACCUCUUGGAGUCCAACCCCAUCCUCGAGGCUUUCGGCAACGCGCAGACCAUCCGUAACGACAACUCGUCGCGCUUCGGGAAGUACAUGGAGUUGCAGUUCACCUUCAAGGGUAUGCUGAGGGGCGGCAAGGUGACCAACUACCUGUUGGAGAAGAGCAGAGUGACGGGCCAGGCGCCGGGGGAGCGGUGCUUCCACGUGAUGCACUACCUGCUCGAGGGAACGAGCGCACGCGAGCGGAGCGAUUACCGCCUUCUCCCCGCGAAGUAA